AAAGUAUUUAGUAUUUAUCUCUCUCUGCCUCUCUUCUCUACUCUUAUAAUUAUCGAUCGCCCAUCUUAUAUUACACAUGGCUUCCUCAGCUAGCAGUUUAAAUAAUCCUAUAAAUUCUCAUCCCAACUUCUCCUUCUCAAACCAAUUCAUGACCUCCUUCACUGACCUCCUUUCCAAUAACAAAAACAUGGACCAAGAAAGUGAACUCAGAUGGGGACUCUCUGACCUUAAAUCUGAUAGAAAUGGAAAUGAAAUACCAAAAUUCAAGUCACUUCCACCUCCUUCAUUGCCACUCUCUCCUCCUCCACUUUCUCCUUCUUCUUAUUUGGCUUUUCCAACUGGUUUAAGCCCAAAUGAAUUCUUGAUGUCACCUUUGUUUGGCUCCAAUUACAAUAAUCUUCCUUCUCCAACUACUGGGGCUUUUGCUAGUCAAGCACUCAACUGGAUGAAUAAUUCUGGUGAUAACCAGCAGCUUGGAAUGAAGUUGGAAGAGAAAAAUUUCUCUGAUUUCUCUUUCCAACCCCAAACAAAGCCUGCUACUACAACAUCAUCAUCCACCUUUCAGUCUUCUUCAAGCAUGGUCUCAAACUCGGUGGAAGAAUCCUUGAAAAGACAAGAAGAAGCAUGGAAUCUUAAAAAACCCAUGAAUCAAAAUGAAUUUUCGUUGGAGAAGGCGGUAGUAAAAUCAGAAUUUGCACCAAUAAAGAACUUCACUUCAGAAAUGGUUACAAGCCAAGCAAAAAUGCAGAGUGGUGCUGCUGCCUUAUCUGGUCACAAUCAAUGCACUCAACAAUCACAAUAUAUAAGAGAGCAGAGAAAAUCAGAUGAUGGGUACAACUGGAGAAAAUAUGGACAGAAACAAGUGAAGGGAAGUGAAAACCCUCGUAGUUAUUACAAGUGCACGUAUCCAAGUUGCCCGACGAAGAAAAAAGUUGAGAGGUCUUUGGAUGGACAGAUUACUGAAAUAGUAUACAAAGGAAGCCAUAAUCAUCCUAAGCCUCAGUCUAUUAGAAGAUCAAAUUCUCAAUCAAUUCAACCUUCUUCGUGCACGAAUUCAGGCGUUUCAGAUCAGUCGAUUGUUACACUAGGCAAUAGACAUAUGGAGUCUGUCACAAUGCACGAUGAUUCUUCGGUCUCAAUUGGAGAGGAUGACUUUGAUCAGAGAUCACCAGUGAGUAAUUCAGGAGGAGAUGAUGAUGAAAAUGAGCGUGAGGCCAAAAGAUGGAAAGGAGAAAAUGAGGAUGGGGGGUUUUCAGCUUCUGCAAGUAGGACUGUGAGGGAACCUAGAGUUGUAGUUCAAACAACAAGUGAAAUUGAUAUUCUUGAUGAUGGGUAUAGGUGGAGAAAAUAUGGACAGAAAGUAGUUAAGGGAAAUCCAAAUCCAAGGAGCUACUACAAAUGUACCUCUAUUGCUUGUCCUGUGAGGAAACACGUUGAGCGAGCAUCCCAUGACAUAAGGGCUGUGAUCACUACUUACGAAGGGAAACACAACCACGAUGUUCCUGCAGCUCGCGGUAAUGGCAGUUAUGCUGUGAAUAGAGCUGCUACCAAUAACAGUAGCAGCAAUGAAGCCAUGCCAAUAAGGCCCUCAGUCAUGGCCACCCAUCCUAUCCAGACAAGUUACCCACAUUCUUUUCAGAAUACAAGGCUAACAACAUCAGGGAUUCAAGCACCAUAUACUCUACAAAUGGUGCAGAACCAAGAGGGUGUACCAUUUUCAGGGUACAGAAAUCAAAAUCGUGACUACAUGGAUCAAACACAGCUCUCAGAAGGUGUAUUGUCAAGGGCCAAGGAGGAAUGGAAGACUGACUCAUUCCUUGAUUCAUUCCUAUCUUAGGAUUGCUAAUUUUGGAAUAGAGAGAGAAGAUCACACUAAUUAUAUUUGUUUUAUGAAUAUAGUUUAUAGUUUAUAGCUUUUGCUGUCUAAAAUUAGGGAUUGAAAUAAGUAGAGUUACUUUUCCUUCUUUUUUUCUUUUUUCUUUAAAUACGAUUGAGGCUGCUUUAAAGCUUAGAAAGUAUACCUCAUUUGAUUCAGUUUGUAAAAGUAGAACAGAUAAAUGAGGUGCAAAAUGAAUGCCCAUGUAAGUUCUAACAAGUGCCAAUCCUAUGCUCUUGAAGAAUUCUUUUAUUUUUAAACAUUUCUUGUUUUCCCUGCU